CGAUUUAAACGUGCCUAACCUCGUGUCACGACCAAAGUACGAUAAAUCCAACGAUAUUGGCCAACUUUCCCCGCUCCACUCCUCGAAUAUCUCUAUACCUCUCGAGUUCCGUACUUUCUCCACCACUUCACAUCCCUGAAUCCAAUCACCACUCGGUCGAUUGUGGGCUGCCAUGGCAUACGUUCAGUACUCUCAACCUAUUGGACAGCCAGCAUGGGGUGCAGGACAGAUGCCUGGGUAUCCAGGUGCAUUAGCAGCUCCAGCCUUCCAGCCGCAGCCCACUUGGGGUGGCCUUGACUUCUAUCGCGCUCAUGCCCCGAGCAACUACAAUGACCCAUCCCUCUUCAACCAUGCAUGGGACAGGGUGCGUCAGUUUGACGCCGCCACGGCAGGAGGCCUGGGUGUUGGGAUCCAUGAAGCAAAGCACUGGCAUCGUCGAGCGUAUGGAGGAAUGCCUGAGCUAGCCCAUCUUGGGCCAGCAGAGGUUGGACAUGCAGCUGCGUAUGAGGCCUAUCGAAAUUGGGUACGCAACCAAUCCAUGUACGACACUCUCGGUCCGGACAUUGAAAGGCAAAGGGAAGGACUCAUCGGAUUGGCUGUAGCUGAGGCGGGUCGCUUACUGAGCUUUGCUGGGCGUUCGAUGGACCAUUAUGCGCGCUCUGCCGCAUCUGAUGCUGCCGCUCAUACCGCAUCAUACAUUUUCUAUCAGAGACGACGGGAUGACGAGUAUUACCAUCACCGCGGAAGAUCUCGGUCAAGAGGUCGCUACGAUCCUGAGUGGGAUGAGCUAGAUGAACCGUACCGGUACGAAGACGAUCAUGAGACCCUCGAUCCUUACCACCGCGGGCGGUCGCGUUCCCGUCAUCGAUCUCGUUCACGCCCACGGUCCUACUCGGCACAUGCCCACAUGCCCUACGAAGGCACCCCCUACCCUGGCACUCCAGGGGGAUUCCCUCCUCUUGGCGGCGCACCCUCUUACGCAGGCAGUCAUGGUGGUGGUCCUCUCCCUCCCCUCGGUGUCCCCUACGCAAGUAGCGGUGGCGGGAUCCCCCCUCCUCCACCUCUGACCUCUGGUGGUUAUUCAAGCGGCUAUUCAACUUCCGGUUACUACCCGCCACCCAACUCAGGAUACGGACCUCAGGGUGGCUACGGCAGUUACGGUGGUGCCUACCCAGCCCCCGGGAUGCCCAUGGCCGUACCUUUAGGCCACGCUGCAAGCAACAGCUCGGGAUAUUCUUAUGGCUCUCAACCGUACUCGACCACUGGAAGUGUUGUUGGGGCACCAACGGCAGGAGUACCCCCCCAAACUAUCGUCAUCCACAAGUCCAGGAGGCACAAGCAUCGUCACAGAUCGCGGUCUCGUGCAGGUUCUGAGUAA